AUGGGGAAAAUUCGCCGACUGACUCCCUUCUGCUACCGUCAAGAUGGGGCAGAUGGGCAACUCUUGGAUCUCCCGUCGAAGCUUGCUCGGCCGUCCGUAGUGCUGGGACAAAGUUGGGGCGAUGUUCUUCCGACUGAAUCAACUUUCAGAAGUGUGUCUUCGCUGUUGAAGGAGUGUGGAGCGUACGGCGUCGAGUUCAUUAUUCUGCCGCCCGAUCAGCAGCCUUGGACUCCACCGAUCGGCUUUCAGUGCGUCUAUGAAUCAUUCUUUAAGAAAGAUUCCAGGUUGUGGUUCACGAUCCCUCGUCUGGUUACUUCUUAUUGCGUGCGCCGAGACAUAGCUAUGACUCAGUUGAUGAUCGGGGACGUGAGGAUCGCUGUUGCGUUGAUGGUGAUGGCAGCAGAGAUUGACGUGUCAAUGUCUGUUCGGAUUUUUGAGGAGUUGACACAAACCCAGCCAAAACCGAAUGGUUUGUUUGCGGUGCAAAUGCGUUCGGGGCUUCACAUCUUGACUGGUCAUCCCUCGGGGACGAAGCUGUGGCAGCGCUCAUACUUUUUUGUUAAGGCUAAUAAUGCUGCCUUCGAAGAUCCGCCAGACAAAAGCUACCGAGUUCUAUGGAGUUCUGAUAUCGCUGCUCAUUUGAACACCAUCGGCCCUCAGGACACCUUCUGGAAGGACGUUCCAAAGGUGGUGGUGCUUAAUCAGCAGACGUGGGCGAGCUUCGAUCUCGAUUGGUCACCAGACGUUCCGUGCAUGACGACGACCGAGAAAAGAAUGAAACUUCCACUUAUGGGGCACAUUCCGAAAGCAUAUCCGAGCUACAGCGAGCUCCUACGCACUAAGCUAAGAGGUGAGAGCUUCAGCUCCAUGACUGCGUCUGAGGGCGAAGAUGCCGAGCCUCAAAGAUCUCCGGCCAAGGAGGCGGUGACCGGAGGGGGAGAUGUCGCGGCUUCGGAUUCGGUGGUCGAAGGGACAGACGUUUCGACGCCCGAUGCCCCCAAUGUAGCGGUCUGCUUCGGGGAUGGGAAAGACUUAGGGGAGAAAGAUCAGGUGGAAGGCGAUCAUUCGACUAGCGAGAUGGAUGGCUCUAACGAUCCAACCGAGAUGGGCCUUGUCGGAUCGAUUGGGACGAAGAGGAAAGAGCCGACCGACGGGAAUUUUCUCGGACCUGGCGGAAAGAUUCAGAAGAGGUCGCAAGGUCCUUCUCCUCUUUCUCUUAAGGAGAUAGCUUUACCGACCUCUCGCUUGCUGCCUUGGGGAGGGUUGAGUCCUCCGCCCGAUAGGUUUUCACUAGCCUCAUCUGAGCGUUGGACCUUUUGUCAUGACAAGGACUCGCCGUUCGUCAGCGAUCCUGAUGCGUGUGCUGAGUUGGUGCGUCGGAUCCGUGGUGGCGCGCACUUGAUGCCAGAGACUUCUGAGCUUGCGUUUCCACAUGGGUUUAUCGCAUCUGCUCAGGCUGACGUGGAAGCUGCUGUCCGUAAAAACCAACUCAUUUUGGAUUACGAGCUGUCACUGCGUAGGAUGGCUUCAGAUUUUGCUAAGGCCGAAGCGGCAAUCGAGAGCAAGGAUGCGGAAAUCGAGAAGUCUAAAAGGGUUGCUCUGGACAAAGCCAAAGAGAUGAUCGCCGAGCGAAGCCGUUAUCAUCGUGAGCACAAGCAGGAUGCUGAGAUAAUUAAAGAUCUUGAAGGCGAAUUAGAGGCUGCUCGAAGUAAGAUCGAUCGAUUGGAGGCAGAGAAGACCAAGGAGGCUGAGAAGACGAAGAGGACGAUGGAUCAUGAGAGACAGGUGCACCGCCGCGAGCUUACGUCCGAGAUGAGUUGUAUCGGAGCGGCGGCGGCGGAUCGUUUCGACAAGUUUAGGAGAUACAUGGUCGAUCGAGAUAAGCACGAGGAGAAGCUCGUUCUCCACAGUCAGGCUUUCGGAACUUUGGAUGGGCUGGACAUGCCGGAAGAGUGGGGGAUGCCCGUUCCGAAGAAGUUGAAGGAUAUCUUGUCUGCCAACGAGGAAAAGUUCAAGGAAGAGCUGAAGGGAGUUUUCUUUGAAGAUAUCAUGGAUCACGAUCUCACUGUCUCCUCUCUUCCUCGUCUCAAGCGACUUCAGGGUUUGAACCAGUUCGGCUCGAACGUCGGCUCAAACGUAGAGGUUGUUGAUCCGGCUGCUGCUUGCGAAGCUUCGAUUCAGGAGAUUCAGACCGCGGGGACGAUCGGUGCUGCCGUUCCAGGUUCAAUCGCCGAAGAUUGA